AGUGCCCUUAUAAGAACCUGUUCUGUGGUUACGCCUUCAUUUUUAAUUCCAGCACAACAGCUUAUAAUUAUUAGGAAGCACAUUCUGCAAGGAACUGAGUAUCUGUUACAAAGGUUAUUUUUGGGGGGUGACGGUACCAGAUGAUCAGAAGUUUUUCAGCCACAUUAUAAUUCUUCAAGAAAGACUUGACAAACUGACUGCAUAGUGAAGUAGUACGGGAACAGUUUGACAGCAUAAGAAAUUUGUUCGAGAUAAUGUUCUACCAAUAGCAUCGUUCAAAUAAGUAAGAGAAAAAUUGUAGAUUGCAAAGAAGAGUUUCGACCAAGAAAAUACUCACUUGGACUAUACCCUGUUUCAUCAGUUUUGGAUCCUGGUUUCGUCAACCAGAGUUUCUUGCUUGGAAUCAAAUUCUUCAGAAUUCUUUUCAACUUCCAUUGAUUUUCUUGCCUUGCACUGGAAAAGAAAGUGUCCUUGUUGAAACACAGAUGCCAAGAAACUUUUGCAGAUCAAACAUAUGAUGGUUUCCAAGAAGGUCUGUUCUUCUUCUGGAAGAAAAGGAAGAGUUGUUGCUUUGAUCAGUGCUGUGGCAGUGAUUUCUGGCUGCAUUGCUCUCGUAGUGUGGCUCGCAGUCAGAAAACAAUUUCUAGAAGACAUGGUACCAAGGCCCUCCUUUUAUUCAGGCGGAGACGUCUUAGAUUAUUUGCUUAAUCUGAAGAGAAUAGACAGAAAAGAUGGAUUGUUGGUCACCUGGUAUCAUGCUGCAAAUAGUAAGAAUGACAUGGAAGAGGCCUUAAAAGCUAAUGUCAUGGCGCUAGAAUCUGAUGUUACCCUUGAAGGAUACAAUACGCCCAAUGAGACAGAGAAACCGAUUAUGGCCCACCCCCCUGUCAUCUACAGUGACAAUACUCUCCAAGAUUGGCUAACAACAGUGCUCAAGGUAUCUGAUAAAGUGAUCAAGCUGGAUUUCAAAAACAUUAAGACAGUGGGCCCAUCUCUGGAUAUCUUACUGAAAACAUCUUCUGAGCUGAAUAUCGACCGACCUGUUUGGCUAAAUGCAGAUAUUCUGAAUGGCCCAAAUGUUCCUAUUAAUAUCGCAGUUAAUGCAAGCCAAUUCCUGACUCUCAUUGAAGAUAAGUUUCCAAACUGUACUAUUUCUCCGGGAUGGACAACCCUCUAUUUAUCUCACUUUCCAAACAAGACCUAUACGCAGAGUAUGGUGGAGGAAAUGCAUUCCCUUGUGGGAAACCUGCCUCAGCAAAUCACCUUCCCUGUAAGAGCUGUCAUGGUUAAACCAGCCUGGACUCAUCUGAGUUGGCUUCUGAGUCAAUCCAAAAGAUACAGUCUGACUUUGUGGCAAGGGAAGACUGAUCCGGUUACUGUGGAAGAUCUCCUGUUUAUUCGAAACAACAGCAAACCUGAACAAAUCUAUUAUGACCUUUAUGAACCUAUUUUGUCUCAAUUCAAAAAAUUGGCAUUCUCUCAACCAGAGUCAAGUGCAAAAAGAAGAUGGAGAAGGUAAAUGAAAAAUGUUGGGAAAAAGAAUGGAGCCAAUUAAUGUACUGCCAAUUUACAACACAAGGAAUAUUUGACAAUUUAAAAUUGACUUUUCAGAUUUUGAAAGAUACAGAUAAAUUUAUUACAUGGAUUCAAUUUAUACGUACUUCACAAAUGGUACAAAUAAAUAUGAGGGGGGAUUGAUCAAGCUUUGUGAAAUACAAAAAGGAUUGAGGCAGUAAAGCUCAAUUUAUUCAUUCUGGAUUUUAAAUAGAGCCAAAAGACAAGAUAACAAGAUUGCUGGAGUGAAAGUUUUAAAAAAAGAGUUAAUAAAUUUAGAGCAUUUGUUGAUGAUUUGGCUCUAAUUUUUGGAAUCCUCAAAAAGGGACAGAUGUAUUAAUGAAAAAAUCUUGAAAUUUGGGGCAUUGACUGGAUUUAAAAUUAAUGAGGGAAAAUAAAUAUGUUGACAAAGAACAUAAAGAUGGAAGAGCAAAAAGAAUUAUCUAUAAAAGCUAGAUUUUGGAUUGGGAAAAAAGGGAAAUACUUGGGUACAGUAUUACUAUUACUACCAUGAUUUGUAAAUUAUUUCAAAAUAAAAGAUGGAAUGAAAUUAAAUAGGAUUUAUUAAUGUGAGAAAAAUGACAAUUAUCACUGUUGUGAAGAACUUCUGUGUUACAGUAUCUAGAAUGUUAUUCUUAUUUUAGACAAUAUCUGUUUUGAGAAUUGAUGUACCAUUUGAACAGUGCAAAAGACAUAUCCAGGUUUAGAAGGCAGGAGGAAAAAACAUACCCAAGGUUAAAUAUAAGUUUCUCCAACAUGCAAAUGAAAAGGAGCAUUGAAUUACCUGAUUUUAAAUGGUACUUUGCCACCUGCAGUUUGAUUUCGAUGAAGGAAUGACUGUUGUUAAGAAAUAAGAGACUUUUAGAUUUAGAAGAUCAUGGUCUGAGGUUUGGAUGGCAUUGUUUCUUAUGGUUUGAUAAAAUAAAAGUAGAUUUUAAAAAUCAUUAUAUUAGGAAUAUAAUGCUAGGAAUAUGGAAUAGAUACAAACCUGGGCUAUGCCAGAAAAUAUCUUUGUUGGCCUCAACUGAAGAAGUGUUUUAUAGACAAGAAACACCAGGCAAAGAUAAAUGGUUAACAUACAAAGACUUCUUAGUGCAGGAGAAUGGAGAGCUUAAAUUGAAACCAAGAGAACAAUUGACUGCAGAAAGAUUUAGUUUUCAAUGGUUCUCAUAUGCAAAUUAAGAAAAAGAUUUAAUUUAGAUUUAAAAAAACUACCAGGAAUAGAAUGUGAUACAAUGGAAUUUGAAAAUGAAUUACAUACAAAGAAUGAACAUGUGAUUGCUAAAAUGUAUGAUCUUUUGUUGAGAUUUGAAAAAAGAAGAAGAGCAAAUUAAAAGAAUGUAUGUUAAAAAAUGGCCCAAGAAUUUUGGUGAUAAUAUUCAGAUGGAUCAGUGGGAUAGAAUGUGGUGAAAUGGCCUGAAAUUCAUAUUGUCCUACAAUUUGGAUAGCACUUUUUUAAAAUGCUGUACUGCUGGUGUAUGGCAUCAGAGAAAUUGUCUGAUAAGUAUAUCUAAUCAGCAUUGGAAAUAUGAAAAACAUAAAGGCACAUUUUAUUAUGUAUGAUGGACUUGUGAAAAAGCAAAAGCAUGUUUGAUGUAUAUAUGGUAAUGUAGGGAGUUCUAAAAAUUAACUUUCAGAUAAUUUUGUGAUUAGGAUUUAUGGACAGUCAACUAAAAACAAUCUCAUAAACAAUUAGUUUUAUAUAUAACUGCAGGGAGGUUAUUAUAGACGCAAAGAUGGAAAACUAUGGAAACAUCAAUAGGGAAGGAAUGGGUUGUGAAGAUAGCUGAGUUUGCAGAAAUGACUAAAUUGAUUUGUUCUGAUUAAGCAGGGAAUUAGAACCACUUUUAUUUAAAAAAUUGGAAACCCUUUACGGAUUUUUGGUUGAAGAUAAAUAAAAAUCUAGUGAUGAUUUGAAGAUUUAGUGAUUAAAAAGUAUUUAAAAGAUUUGUGUUUUUAACUGCUGCAAAGA